CUCUUCAGCUUGCGAUCCUUGCCGUUAUAAGCAUAUAAAGUGCAGUGGAGGUACACCAUGCACUCGAUGCAAAGAAGAAGGCAAACCGUGUCAUUACACCAAGUCACGUCGAGGGGUCCGAAAAUCAAAGACAAGUAUGAAGGAGGAAGAGACUUUUGUGACCGAUCAAGAUGAUAGUAUGGAGAGCACACCGUUGCCAGACCUUGUUGAGCCCGGCAUUCCGUUUCCCCAAAUGAUACCUUCCACACCUUGCAGUACCAUACAUCCAUUCGACCUCUACUACGCCAACUUUCACGUCACCCACUCUUGGCUACCCCCAAGAAAGAAACUGGAGGAUCUCUGCAAAACGCAACCAGAAAACUUACGUUUCCUCGUGGCCACAGUUACCUACAUUGGGUCUCUAUACUUGGACAAUGUCGACAAGACACAGCUACAACAGAAUGCCUACCGAAUGUCGCAUGACACUCUUUCCCAAACAAUCUGGUCCGUUCAAGCACUGCUGUGUCUUUCUGUUGCAGAAUUCGGGAGACAGCCUGGCAACGUUAGUAAAAUCAUGCUCAACAAAGCUUCUGCGCUGGCUUCUCAUUUGGAACUUCAGAGCAAAGAGUUCGCGGAUAGGGAAACAGACCCAGUCCUCGCUGAAUCAUGCCGCCGGACAUAUUGGGGAUUAUAUACACACGAGAUGUUGCUUGGUUUGCGACAGAAUCAGCUUUACUCAACACUCUACCCCCCUGGGCCCAGUUUUGUGGUAGGACUUCCGUGUGAGGAUUGGGACUACCAGGCCGGUAAUAUUCCAGCCUCAAUAACUCUUGAAGAGUACGAUCGCCUGAACCUCUCUCGCGAGCACUCUUCUUGGGCCUACUUCGUUGAUCUUAUUCGUAUAUACGAUAUUCAUGUGGCACCGCUUUUUCAUGAUUGUUUUCAGGCAGCCCGGCACAAUCUCAAGUAUGCAAGUCAGCUUAUCGAUUCCUGGCGGUUCAAAAUCAGCCCCACGAAGAAAAGUCGCGUGGGGGAAGAUGGCAUGUUUGAUAUGAUCUUAUACCAUGCGUUAGCGGUCUCUUUUGGACUCGAGAUCCGGAUGCAAGCUCAUCUCUACGGACACUGGGAUGAACAUAUCGCGGCUUCAUUACUUCACAGUGUUGCUACAGGACAUGGCGCUCCGCUACCAGUGAUUCUCCAGGCACCAUUGCGUCUGAUGGCUCUACUUGGCUCUCAGCUUGUACCAGAGAAGUUCUCCCCUUCAUGUCUACUUGAUUUGGAACAAGCAGCCUCACCUUUGCGUGAUGUUGUGCUCUAUGGUGCAGGGCAGCCAGAUUACAGAUCUAGAGUUUUGCUUCUGGCAGAGUUCCUCAAAAAGUCUGGGGAAUUCUGGCCCAGGUCAAGGGUGUUAUCUGACUUUUUCAUGGAGGCACUGGGCAGAGGCGGCCAUGAGCAUGGGUAUAUGGAACUUUCUCAAGCUACGUCAGCGGUUGGUGAUAGGCCUGCGCCUGUAACCGAGGGGGACUCUCUCUGGCUCAGGUCGCCCACAUUGGAACAUAUGGGUGGUUGGUCAGGGCUGCCAUCAUACUCGCUGCAAUGUGAGCCAGAGACGAGUGUUGUAGCUUGGGCAGGAAAUCUAACUCCAGCUCCUGGCGGAAGUAUGACAGCCUGGGAUAUAACAGACGACGCAGGAAGUUCAGUUUCGGAUAUUUACAUGGAGACAGGGUGUUCAGAUGACAAAUCAAGGGGAGGCUCGGUUUCUGUGAAAGUUGAGAAGUGACGGCAAUGCGUCCUUGGUUUGUUUGCACAUAACUUAGUAGAUAAUAGUUUGACCUACUCUGGAGGAGGAAAUGGUGAAAAUUUUAACCCGGAUUUCUGAGUCUCGUUCAAAUCUAUGAUACAAGCGAGAGAUGGUUGAAGGAUGGA